AUGUCACCGUCACCACCCAAGCCAGCUACUGCGGAGAGCGGCUACAUAACUCAGCCGCUCCCGCUGGAGAAUACGUAUACGACCGAUACGAGUCUUCGACGAGCGCUGGAAUGGUAUCUUCCUGCCGCCACUUUUCGAUCAGUCGAGCCAUCCUUCACACAGCUGGGAGCUGAAGCUAUCUCCGAGCAGGUGCGCGAGUGGAGUGCUGAUGCAGAACGAAACCAGCCAUACGUCAAGAGCCAUAAUGUUUGGGGUAAAAGAUAUGAUUAUGAUCGCCUCAUUACUACCGAGGGCUGGAAGCAGCUAGGUAAAUGGGGAGCUCGUCAUAGAAUUGUUUCCGCUGGAUAUGAUCCUGCGUUGGGUCUGGACCGAAGAACAGUUCAAUAUGCACUGAACUAUCUCUAUUCCCCCUCUUCGGGACUCUAUUCCUGUCCCAUCAGCAUGACCGACGGUGCCGCCUUUAUUCUUUCCUCCAAGAUCAACAAACUACCCCCGACUCAUCCAUUUCACGCGGCAUACAAGGGUCUGAUCUCGGAGGGCGAUGACCACUGGACCUCGGGCCAAUGGAUGACAGAACGGGCAGGAGGUAGUGACGUUCAAAACACCGAGACAUGGGCAACCUAUUCUCCCUUGCCCAAGGAUUCAGGCGUCGAUCCUCUCGGUGAUGGCGACUAUCUGAUCAACGGCUUCAAAUUCUUCUCAUCAGCCACAGAUGCCAACGUCGCCCUUCUUCUGGCCAAGACUCCCUCUGGAAAAUUGAGCACAUUCUUGGCGCCCCUACGGAGGACAGUUAUUGGAAGUGAUGGCGUAUCCCGCCAGAUUUCGAACGGUGUGAAAAUCCACCGUUUGAAAAACAAGCUAGGCACGAAGGAAUUGCCGACCGCUGAGCUGGAACUCAAGGACAUGAGAGCGCAUCUGGUUGGAGAGCUGGACCAGGGAGUCGUCACUAUUGCACCACUCCUGAAUGUCACUCGCAUCCAUACCUUCAUCGGCUCUCUUUCUGGUUGGCGCCGCGCCCUCAGCAUCACCAAGAGCUUUGCAAAGGCACGCACUACCGUGGGUGAGCCUCUGUGGCUUAUCCCCAUGCACCUGCGCCUUCUCGCAGAUCUGGAGGUUAAGCACCGCGGUGGCAUGAAUCUCGGCUUCUUUACUGUCGCCGUCAUGAGUCUGGUCGAGAAUCGGGUUUCUCAACCCUCGGAGCACGCUCACAUGCCCCGUCCGGGCCGAGAAGCUAAUGUUGUAUUCCGUACUCUCACAGCCACCGCCAAGGCUGUUGUGAGCAAGAUGUCAGUUCUCGGUAUCCAAGAAUGCCAGGAGGCUAUGGGUGGUGUGGGCUACAUGGAUGAAGCGGAUGAGCCCGAAUUCAACAUCUCCCGAAUCCUGCGCAAUACUUCUGUCAACUCCAUCUGGGAGGGAACCACGAAUGUCCUGGCUAGCGAGAUGGUCCGCUUCCUCCUCAAGGCUGAUAAUUUGGAUAUCUUCGCUGCAUGGGUUGAUCGCACGUUGGCUUUGAUUCGCACCGCAGCGCUUCGGGAUACUCUCACUACAGCCUGGUCUGCUCUACGGGCCCGCUUUUCCACGGGAAACCGAUCACCUCUUACGAUUCUUGCCGAUGCACGCCGAUAUAUGUUCACCCUUGCUUGGAUUCUGUGUGGCAUGCUUCUGGCUGUUGAUGCUGAGCGGGAUCAGGACCUUGUUAGUGUAGAGAUUGCGCGGCGGUGGAUUCUUAGCGCUGAAGGUGGUGUUGGGGACACUGUAUUCCAUGAUAUUGUCACAGUUCACAAAGAUGCGACUCGAGACGAUGGGGAGGAGCAUCUUCAGUGGGAUUGUAGAAUUGCCUGGGGUGUUGAGCUCCCGGCUACCCGGGCAUCUGGGCAUCGAUCACUGCAGAAAGCGAGCUCCAAGCUGUGA